AUUGAUUAAAAAAACGCCAAAGUGCUACCCUCAUGAUAAAGGGUAUGACACACAUCACCGUUAAUCGGAAAAUGGAGAAAAGCCGAGUAUUAAUAAUCGGAGCAACCGGAAAUCUAGGUUACCAUAUUGCCAAAGCCAGCAUUGAUGCAUCACACCCUACAUUUGCUCUCAUCAGAGAAACCGCAUUUUCCGACCCUCUCAAAUCUCAAAAACUCAGUGUUCUCUCAGAUGCUGGCGCCCUUCUUCUCAAGGGUUGUUUGGAAGAUGAGAAGAGUUUACUUGAAGCAGUGAAGCAAGUUGAUGUUGUGAUUUGUGCAAUCCCAUCUAAGCACGUUCUUGCUCAGAAGAGCUUAAUUCAAGCUAUUAAGCUUGCUGGCUGUAUCAAGAGAUUUAUACCUUCGGAAUUUGGAUUAGAUCCAGACAAGGUGCAAAUAUCUGGCAUGGACCACAGCUUCUAUUCAAGAAAAGCUGAUAUAAGGCGGCUUGUGGAAGCUGAAGAAAUACCAUAUACAUACAUUUGUUGCAACUUCUUCAUGAGUUAUUUGCUUCCAUCUUUAGUUCAACCUGGGAUAAAAGUUCCUCCAAGAGACAAAAUUACAAUAUUUGGGGAUGGAAAUGUCAAAGGCGUAUUUGUGAAAGAAAUUGAUGUUGCUGCCUUCACAAUCAGUGCAGUGGAUGAUCCACGUACCUUGAAUAAGGCGAUGUAUUUGAGACCAGCUGGAAAUGUUUACUCCAUGAAUGAACUGGCCGAUGUUUGGGAAAGUAAGAUCGGGAAAGAAUUAGAGAAAGUGUUUGUUUCAGAAGAAGAGCUCCUUACCAGAAUCAAAGAAACCCAAUAUCCAAACAAUAUGGAGCUUAUCUUCAUAUACUCUGCUUUUGUGAAGGGAGAUCAGACUUACUUUGACGUGGAGUCAUCUGGUGGCGUGGAAGGAACUAAGCUAUACCCUCACCUUAAAUACACCACAAUAAGCCAGUAUUUGGACACCCUUGUUUGAAACUUAAUGGUUAGUUUGUAGGUUGAGUAUGUGUUAUGCUGGUGAAUUCUUGAAGAGUGGAAGUACCCAUAUUAAGUUACGGAGAAGGUUGUGAACACUGAACAGCUCAUUGUAGAGAUUUCUAUGGUGGUUCUAUAAACUUGUUAUAGCAUUUUGAAGCUUGAUACUCGUACAAUCUCUUAGGUACACAAGUGUACUUUGAAAUUUGUGUUCUAGAAGGUGGAUUUAGUUUAAAUACUCAGUAUAUUGGAAGGUAUAUCAUAAUCAUAUACUUGUAUGAGACAUCUUGAACAUGGGCGGAGCUACAUCAUAUGGAUCCCGUAUAAAUCGAGGCUUUCUAAAUACUCCGUAUUUUGUUUUCACAAUGUGGUAAAUUUGGAUUGUUUUCCAUUUUAUCCCUAUGAAAAUCUUUAAUUA